GAUUCCUUAUCUGGAUAGCCAAUUAUAUCGUGAUUUUUUGACACAUUUGUCAAAUAAAAGGAAACCAGUCCCCUGAUAUUUCUUAAUCUUGAUCCAUUUGACGUUAUAUGAUCCUGCGAUCGAAGCCGAAUAUCAAAAUGACCCAACUAACACCAAGAGACCCGGAGAACAACCCACUGAGAAUAUUCCAGAGAUGCAAAGCUGAAGGAAGACCAGCACAUAUUGCUGGUCCAAUGGUUCGUUACUCAAAACUGCCAUUCAGAGCCCUUGUGCGUCAUUACAACUGUGAUAUAGUCUACUCUCCGAUGAUCCUGGCUCGUGAAUUCGUACGGAACGGUAUAGCCAGACUUAGUGAUUUCACCACCAACAACUUUGACGCUCCCCUCAUUGUUCAGGUUGGUACAAACAAUGUUACUGACCUUCUACGGUUCGUAGAGAUGAUACAUCCAUACGUUGAUGCUAUUGGCAUCAACUGUGGUUGUCCCAUCAAGGAACAAGUGAGAGAGGGUAUUGGUGCUGCUCUAAUGUCCGAGCCAGAACUCGUUGCCACUAUGGUCAAGGCUGUCAAGGAUAAAUUUGGCUCCAAAGUGACCCUUGAGACAAAGAUCAGAAUCCAUCCCGACAUUGAAGAGACCAUUGCAUUUGUCAAGAAAGUUGAGGCUGCUGGUGCUGACUUUAUAACUGUUCAUGGACGUACCAAAUCUACUAGAUCUUCGCAGCCUGCUAAUUUCGACGCCAUUAAGACGGUUAAACAAGCUGUCAGUAUCCCCGUUGUGGCAAACGGUGACUGCUUUUCACUUGAGGACUGCAACAGAAUCGCAAAGAUAACUGGAUGUGAUGGUGUGAUGGCUGUUCGUGGUAUACUGGCCAACCCAGCUCUCUUUGCCGGUUACAGCAAGGCGCCAUGGGGAUGUGUUGAGAGAUUUGUAGAGUACGCAACGGCAUUUGGGCUACCAUAUAGGCUCACACAGCAUCAUCUGGCAUGUAUGCUGGAAGGCCAAAUCUCAAAAGCGCUAUACAAAGAGUUGAUGGAGUGUAAACAUCUUGCACAGCUCAUUGACUUCUUUGACGAGCAUUUCAUAUUGAAGAGGCCUUGGGAUGAGGGCUUCGGCCAAGUUAUCGAGAUCCAGUACAGAGUUUCAAGAGAGAUUAGAAUAUGAUCAUCGGCCUCUAAUAAAUGUCAAUGUUAAGAUCUCCAUUGUCUUCAAUCAUAUGACCGC